UGUCUCGGACCUGUCUCGCCAGGGCAGCGGACACACUGUUGACCCUCUGGACAUGUCCAAGCCCCAGCGGCCUCAGCGCAGCAGGCGCAUGAAACGAUUCAGCUCCAGGUGGCAAUCCAGAGGUUCCACUGGUAGCUACAACAUCCCAGCCCACAGUAUGGACAAGCUGACCAAGAGGAAACACUGCAAACUCCUGGGAGACCAGAAUCUCAUCCAGGUGUGCAGCAACAGCCAGCGGCAACGCUACGUCACCAAGGAUGGCAAGUGCCAGGUCAAUUUGGGCCCCAUAGCUGAAAAGAGGCGUUUUCUCUCAGAUAUCUUCACCACGUUAGUGGACCUCAAGUACCGCUGGUUCCUCCUAGUCUUCAGCCUUUGCUAUGUUCUGACAUGGUUGGCCUUUGGAGCAGUCUACUUCCUGGGUGCCUGGCUUAGAGAUGACAUUGUGCAUGCGGGGGAUCCACAGUGGAAGCCAUGUUUUGAAAAGGUGGAUGGCUUUCUCUCAGCCCUGCUUCUUUCUCUGGAGAGUCAGAGGACCAUUGGUUAUGGCUCCAGAAUGGUAACUGCACACUGCCCGGAGGGGGUGGUUCUCCUCAUGGUACAGUCCAUUGUGGGCUCCAUCAUUGAUGCCCUGAUGGUGGGAUGCAUGUUCGUGAAGAUCUCUCGGCCGCAGCAGAGGGCUCAGACGCUCAUCUUCAGUAAACACUGCGUCAUAUGUGAACGAGAUGACAAACUCUGCAUGCUCUUCCGCAUAGGGGACCUCCGGGAAAGCCACAUGGUGGAUGCCAAGGUCCGGGCUAAGCUCAUCAAGUCUCGACAGACCAAGGAGGGUGAGUUCAUCCCUCUGGAACAGUCUGAGAUUAACUUGGGCUAUGACACCGGGGGCGACCGGCUGCUGCUGGUGGAGCCUCAGACCAUCACACAUAUCAUCAAUGACAGUAGUCCCUUCUGGGAAGUGGGGGCUGAACGCCUCUGCAAGGAGACCUUUGAGAUUAUCGUCAUUCUGGAAGGCAUCGUGGAGGCCUCAGGCAUGACAUGCCAGGCCCGGACGUCGUACACAGAGGAUGAGGUGCUAUGGGGUCACCGUUUUGAGUCAUGCAUUUCUCUGGAGAAGGAGGCCUUCCGUGUGGACCACAGUGCGUUUGACAAGACCUUUGAGGUACAGAUGUCUACAGACAGCGCUAAAGAGCGCAGUGAUCGACUCAGGAAGAACUCUGUAACAUCGCACUGA